GUCCCCUCUACACCUCCGCACUUCUAACCCCAAACACCGUCGCCAGAACGAAGCCUUCGUAGCCAGCUCUCUCUUCACUUCAAAGAGAGAACCAGACGAGGGAGAGAGAGAGAGAGAUGGCGGAGCCCGUUGGGCCCCACGUGCUGGCGAUCCCCUAUCCAGCCCAGGGCCACAUGCUCCCCCUCCUGGACCUCGUCCACCUUCUCUCCUCCCGCUACCGCCUCGUCGUCACCAUCGCCGUCACCACCAAGAACCGCCCCCUCCUCGACACCCUUCUCUCCCGCUCCCCCGCCGUCGUCCCUCUCGUCCUCCCCUUCCCUGACUAUCCAGCUCUUCCCCCAGGCCUCGAGAACACCAAUGGCCAACCGCCCGCCUUUUUCCGCCCCCUCACCCAUGCCCUCGCCGGCCUCCAAGACCCCCUCCUCCGCUGGGCCCGCUGCACUCCCCAUCCCCCCUCCGCCAUCAUCUCCGACUUCUUCCUCGGCUGGACCUCCGACCUCGCCGCCCAGUUGGGCAUCCCCCGCCUCGUCUUCUCCCCCUCCGGUGCCCUCGUCGUCGCCGUCUUACACGUCCUCUGGCGCCGGAUGCCCCAAAGAUCCGAUCCUGACGACCCCGAUUGCCCCAUCUCCUUCCCGGAAAUCCCCAAUUCCCCUGUUUUACCCUGGCGUCAGGUCUCCUUUUUUUACCGGACCCACAUCGUGGGAGAACCAAUCUCGGAGUUCGUAAAGGAGGGAUUUUUAAAGAACAUCGCGAGCUGGGGAUUCGUCUUCAACACCUUCGCCGACCUGGAGCGAGUCUAUCUGGACUACCACCGGAACGAUCUGGGGCACUCCCGGGUCUGGGCGGUGGGGCCCCUGGCUCCGCCGGACGGCCCAACGGAGCGCGGUGGGGGCGCCUCCGCCGCCGUCGGCGAGAUCAUGACGUGGCUGGACGGUUGCCCGGAGGAGUCGGUGCUGCUGGUGGCCUUCGGGAGCCAGCAGGUUCUGGCGCCGCUGCAGGCGGCGGCGCUGGCUGGGGGGUUGGAGCGGAGCGGAGCGAGGUUUAUCUGGUGCGCGACGGGGGAGACGGCGGUGCCGGAGGGGUUCGAAGGGCGGAUGGCGGGCCGGGGGCUGGUCGUGCAUGGGUGGGCGCCGCAGGUGGCGAUCCUGGGGCACCGGGCGGUGGCCGCGUUCUUGACUCACUGCGGGUGGAACUCGGUGCUGGAAGCGGUGUCUGCGGGGGUGGCGAUGCUGACGUGGCCAAUGGGCGCGGACCAGUUCUGGAACGCAAUGCUGGUAGUGGAGUUCGGGGUCGGGGUGGCGCUGUGCGACGGCGCCGACGCGGUGCCCGACGCGGACGAGUUGGCCCGCGUCGUGGCCGACUCGCUAGGCGACUCGGGGAAGAGGGUGAGGGAGCGAGCGAAGGAGCUGAGUCGGAGAGCUUUGGAGGCGGUAAAAGAAGGGGGAAGCUCGUGGAAGGAUCUGGAGGGGUUGGCGGCCGAGCUUUCCAAGGUUGGGGUCAAGUGAAAUAUUUUGGUCGUUUUACACUCAAAAAAUAAAUAAAUAAAUAA